AAAGGGAGGAAAUAGUUGGACCGGUAAUGCCAACCCAAUGAUAUUCCCAUUUAGAUAGUCAUAAAGCAUAUGCUCAUGAAGGUGUUUAUGGCUUGAGCUAUGCAUGGAAUAGAAAGCAAGUCAAUUGGCUUCCAUGGCAUUUGACUUUGAAGGCCUGUAGUGAAGGAAUUGAUAAACUAAAAGGUGCUUUAAGAAGAUGGCUGAAGUAGAUCCAGAGACACUUCUUGAAUGGCUCAACAUGGGCCAAGGAGAUGAGAGGGACAUGCAGCUGAUAGCUCUUGAGCAACUAUGCAUGCUACUUCUCAUGUCUGACAAUGUCGAUCGCUGUUUUGAAAGGAUCUUCCUCGAUGAGUGUGCUCCUGAUAACGUGCUUGAAGUGACAGCGAGAGCCAUCACAUACUACCUGGAUGUGUCUGCUGAAUGCACUCGGCGCAUUGUUGCUGUUGAUGGAGCCAUCAAAGCCAUGUGCAAUCGGCUGGUGGUGGUGGAUGUUUCACAGAGAACAAGCAAGGACCUUGCUGAACAAUGCAUUAAAGUCUUGGAGCUGAUUUGUACCAGAGAAGCAGGAGCUGUGUUUGAAGCAGGGGGAUUAAGUUGUGUUUUAUCAUUCAUCCGAGACAAUGGACACCUAGUUCACAAGGACACAUUGCAUUCUGCUAUGGCAGUGGUAUCUCGUCUCUGUGGAAAAAUGGAACCUCAAGACCCUAGCCUCUCUUCUUGUGUUGAAUCCCUGUCCACUUUACUGAAGCAUGAAGAUAGUCAUGUGGCAGAUGGAGCAUUGCGAUGCUUUGCAUCUCUAGCUGAUAGAUUCACACGUCGUGGAUGUGAUCCUGCACCCUUGGCAGCACAUGGACUUGUGAAUGAGCUUCUGGCCCGCCUUUCAAGGGCAGCUCAGGGCACAUCACAAAAUGUAUCAGUAUCUGGCACUCCUGGUGGUGGAGGAGAGGGAAAGUCCUCUUCUCCUAGUGUGUCAACCAUCAUUAGCCUCCUCUCCACUCUGUGCCGUGGGUCUCCAUCCAUCACACAUGACCUCCUCCGGUCAGAAUUACCCGAUGCAAUUGAAGUAGCUCUUCAAGGUGAUGAGAGGUGUGUUUUGGACACAAUGCGACUUGUGGACUUGCUUCUGGUGCUCCUUUUUGAGGGUCGUAAGGCAUUGCCAAAAUCCACUAGUGGCAUUUCAGCUGUUGCAUCACGGCUCUCAUCUCUUCGUCGAAUGGAUUCAGCUGGUGACCGCACACAUCGGCAGUUGAUAGACUGCAUUCGAAGCAAGGAUACAGAUGCUCUUGUAGAUGCCAUUGAUCAAGGAGGUGUGGAGGUCAAUUUUAUGGAUGAUGUUGGCCAAACCCUUCUGAAUUGGGCAUCAGCCUUUGGCACUCAGGAGAUGGUUGAAUUCUUGUGUGAACGAGGAGCAGAUGUCAACAAAGGUCAGAGGAGCUCUUCACUCCACUAUGCAGCAUGCUUUGGACGACCUCAGAUUGCAAAGGUGCUUCUACGAUAUGGUGCUAAUCCUGAUCUUCGUGAUGAGGAUGGAAAGACCCCCUUGGAUAAGGCCAGAGAACGUAAUGAUGAAGGUCAUCGGGAGGUGGCAGCUAUUCUUCAGUCACCCGGUGAAUGGAUGAUCCCUGUAGAGGAGAAGGGAAAGAAAUUUCCUGGUGAGGGAGAGAUACUUGAGUCAGACAGUGGAGAACCAAAGGGAGACCCUGAGAUGGCUCCAAUCUAUUUGCAACAUCUCUUGCCCACAUUCUGCCACACAUUGCAUGCAACAAUGAUUCAGUCUAUUCGCAAAGCCAGCUUUGGCCUCAUUCGCAAAAUGAUCUACUAUAUUCAGAGUCCUCUCUUGCUGGAAAUGGUCACUGAUGAAGCAUAUGGAGCUGACUUUGCAACCUUGCUUGUUGAAGUCAUUGCAACCAUUUUAGACAAUGAGGAGGAUGAAGAUGGGCAUUCCCUAGCACUGAAAACCAUUGAGGAUCUAAUGCGGAAAGCACAGGAAGUAUUCCUUGAUCAUUUUGCCCGCUUGGGCCUUUUCUCCAAAGUUUUUGCUCUUGCCGGACCUCCAGAAGAUGGCAUAACCGCCACAGAGAAAGAAGAAAUAACUCCUGAGGAGAAAGAGCAGGAAGAUGCUAAGGAAGUGGUCCUUGGUCAAGCAUACACUUGGCGUGACUGGUGCAUUGCUCGUGGUCGUGACUGUCUUUACAUCUGGUCAGAUGCUGCUGCUCUGGAGUUAUCCAAUGGUAGCAAUGGUUGGUUCCGCUUCAUCUUGGAUGGAAAACUGGCCACCAUGUAUUCCAGUGGCAGUCCUGAAGGUGGCUCUGAUAGCUCAGAGAAUCGAGGGGAAUUCUUGGAAAAGUUACAGCGUGCUCGAUCUCAGGUAAAGGGAAAUAUGCCUAGCAAGCCUAUCCUUUCCUCUCCCAGUGCAACCAAGAUCCAAGUUGGGAACUGGACUCUGUCUUCCAAGAAGGAGGGAGAACUUCUUGUUCAUAAUGCUGAUGGACAGCAGGUGACAAUCUUGCGUGAAGACCUCCCAGGCUUCAUCUUUGAAUCUAACCGGGGCACAAAGCAUUCUUUCAUUGCUGAGACAUCACUUGGCCCAGAAUUUUCAGCUGGCUGGUCAGGAAGAAGAAGCAAGAAGUUCCGCUCCAAAGUGGAAGCUCUUCGGAUAAGGGUUAAAGGUCAGGCGAACAACAUUUAUGAGAGAUACUUCCGUAUAGCACAGUCCAAGCCCAGAGGAGUUGUGGCCACAUUAGGUAGUAUUGUGGCUCACAUUGAAUUGUCAUGCCAUAAACAGGAGAGUCGUGAGAAGUGUACUGAGUGGCAAGGGAUACUGAAAGAGGCUCUAUCAGAUUUGACUGAGAUUUUGAGAGAUGAACGGGUGAUGUCUGCAUUUGAGUUGCACACCAGCGGCAUAAUCCCUGCUCUCACCCGCUUGCUGGUGGGAGAUGAAGUUCUACGUGACUCCCGGCGAGGCCACAAACUCAUCCGAAAGAGAACAGCUGUAUUCAAGAAGUGUUUCUCAGAAAGAAUGGAAUCAGAUGGCUCAGUCAUCAAUCCCGGAGCUGCCCUUGUCAAGAAACUUGUGGCAGUGCUGGAAUCCAUUGAAAAAUUGCCUGUCUACAUCUAUGAUUCUCCUGGUUCUGGAUAUGGACUACAGGUCCUAACACGUCGGUUACGAUUCCGGUUGGAGAGAGCGCCUGGAGACAGUGAACUCUUUGAUCGAUCUGGCCGGAGUCUCAAAAUGGAACCUCUGGCAACAGUGGAACAGCUGGAGCGAUAUCUGCUCAAAAUGGUGGCAAAGCAGUGGUAUGACUUUGAUAGAUCCACCUUCAAUUUUGUCAAAAUGGUUCGAGAAGGUCGAGCUCCUGUGUUCACACACCAGCAGGACUUUGACGAAAAUGGGAUCAUUUAUUGGAUUGGAACCAAUGGAAAGACAUCAUAUGAAUGGGUGAACCCUGGCCAGUAUGGACUGGUAGUGAUCACUUCAUCAGAUGGCCGCAAUCUUCCUUAUGGUCGAUUGGAGGACAUCCUCAGCCGAGAUCCCUCAGCAUUGAACUAUGUAAUAACAUCAGGUGUUCUGGAUUUCAUGAAAGGCAAGGCAGCCAAAGAAGCUGAAGCCAAUCUCCGACGCCAGAGACGCGUUCUCAAGGGUCAGAUCAAGUACAUGUUACCUGGUGCUCGAGUCAUUCGAGGCGUGGAUUGGAAAUGGAGGGACCAGGAUGGGAAUCCACCAGGCGAAGGAACAAUAACUGGAGAACUACACAAUGGUUGGAUUGAUGUGGCCUGGGAUCAUGGUGGAUCCAAUUCCUAUCGAAUGGGAGCUGAAGGCAAGUAUGAUCUCAAGUUGGCACCUGGCUAUGAGGUUGAGGGUGCACUUCCACAUCCUCUCCCACCUGAUGGAGAAGGUCAGUUCCUGCAAAGACUAGCAAAAGUCCUGGACAGAGGAACUACUGUAAAGGCAGAUGGAAGUUCUGGAUCAGGGACUGGGACAGUGUUGACCAGUCGGAAGGCAAGUUCAACUUCAAGUCUUCCUGAUGCCACCGCACCUUCUGUUGCUGCUGCAAUUUCAUGUUCUGCUGCCACCGGUUCUGUUGCAUCCACUGAACAGGCUGCCUCAUCUGACAAUCUGUCUGCAAAGGAGGCAGCAGAGAUGGUGGCAGAGAGGGUACUAUCACUGGCACGAAGUGAAGCCAUGGCUACUGACGAGAGUCAGCAUCCACGGAGAACAACUACUGUUGCCACUGUGCAUGCUGCAGCUGAAAGUGGCUUACCUGUCAUGGCAUCUGGUGAUGGUGCAUCCAAGACUAGAGGGGGUCAUGUAUCCAUGACACAAUCUGAGCUUGAAGCCAUCAUGGAGGCCAUGAGUUUGGCUGAAGCCCAUCUGGAUGAACUGGAAGAUCAAAACCUCGGACUACUUACCUCUGUUUCUCAGGCAAUGGAGGCAUUGAGCAAUGUCUCCUCAUUGGCAAGCAGCAUUGUGGCCUCAUCAGCACCCACACCAGUCACUCAUUCCCGACACUUACCACCUCGAAAGCGCAUGCUUUACAGCCAUUCCCUGAAAUCCAAUCUAGCUGCAACUAAUGCAAUGUGCAGCCUGCCGUCCAUUGAUCCUCCUGCAACCAAGGAAGAAGUUUACAAUGACAAGAACCUGGCACUGGCUCGAGCAGCUGCAGAUUUUGGUCGCACCAGACACCAUGCCAGACGGGAACAUCCUCUACAGCCCCGCAAAGCAUGCAUACCUGAGUCGAGCAUUUUGCGUAAAUUGGAGAAGGAAGAAUCAUCUCUGAAACCACCACCUCCUCCAAUAGGAGUACCUGUUUCAGUCCCUGAGGUUACUGUUGAAUCAGCAACUGGAGAGUCAGACUCAUCUGAGCCCAAUGUGCCUCCAGUUUCUCUGAGUGUUAAAGUACCUACAGGCUCAGAGGCAACAGCAGAUGAUGAGAAGCUUCAGGGUGAUGAGUCCAAGGAUGGAAGUCGUCCUCCAAAUCCCAUCAGUGUCAGUGCACCCAAUCUCAGUGGCAAUGAGCAGUCAGCCUCUGGUAGCACAAGCAGCCUCUUGGAAACAUUUUCAGCUCUCUUGGGAAGGUCUAGUAACAUAGGAAGCCCAGGUUCCACAUCUGCAUCCAAUGGUACCAGCAACUUCUUCCCUAGGGGUCCAAAUUCUGUGACAAGCCUUGUUCGACUUGCACUUUCAUCCUCCAACUUCACAGGAGGAUUCUUAAGCACUGCUCAAAGUUACCCAAGCCUUUCAGUGCCAGGGGCAUGCCAGAACAUGGCAGCAAGUGGAGCCCCCACUGUUGUUCCCUCUUCUACAACAGCUACCAAUCCUCAGACGUCACUAUCUCAGGCCCUUACUAUGAGUCUCACAUCCACCUCGAGUGACAGUGAACAGUAUGAGGAUUGUCUGGACUUUCGCCUUGGGAAAAAGAGAAGCUGGGAUGAUGAGUUUGUUCUGAAACGUCACUUCUCUGCUCUAAUCCCUGCUUUUGAUCCCAGACCUGGCCGUACAAAUGUCAAUCAGACCACUGACAUUGAUAUCCCUCCACCUGGUCAGGAAUCUUGCAAAGGACCAGGAGAAAUGCAUCAUGAACAAGAUCUUGUGCCCCAACCAAAAUUGCAUCUUGUUCUCAAGGGUCCAACAAUACCUGGUGUUGAUGAUGUUGAAGUUCCAUUGAGGCAUUCAGAAUGGACCAUCUUUAAUGCUGUGCAAAGGCUUGUUCAAGCCUCUUCUCAUGGAUCCAGGCAGGAAAAGCUUCGUCGGGUCUGGGAACCCACAUAUACAAUCGUGUAUCGAGAAAAGAAAGAAAGUGAGGAACUAAGAAGUCGAUCAGGAUCUGUGGCCUUAGACUCUGAUAACAACCCUGUGAUGAUCUUGUCACGUCCCCAUCAGCAUCUGCCACAUUUUCAACCUCUCCCACAAGUUCCAUCUAGCAGCAUAGAGAGUCCUCGACAUGCUUGCUCGGUUGAGGAAGUUCUUCAUCUUUUGCGUCAUGUCUAUGUUCUCACUGAAUUCACAGAGACAAAAUCUUACAUUGGAAGUACAAAGGAUUCAUCAAUUCUAAAAGUUGCUGGAGAGGAUUUCCAGAGCAAGAAGAUCAUGAACAAAUUGGUUCAGCAGGUGCAAGAUCCUCUGGUACUCUCAUGUGAUGCCCUACCAGAGUGGUGUCAUGAACUCACCUACACUUGUCCCAUGCUGUUCCCCUUUGAGACCAGACUCCUGUACUUCUCAUGUACUGCAUUUGGUGCUUCAAGGUCAAUUGUGUGGCUGCAGAACCAGCGCGAUGCUGCACUGGAGCGUCAUCGAAGCACAGCUGGUACCAUGGGAUCCAGUAUGGCCAGUCGAAGGGAUGACCCACAUGAAUUCAGACUUGGAAGGCUUAAGCACGAGAGAGUGAAGGUCCCUCGGAGAAAGGAAGAUCUUUUCCUUUGGGCUGAGCAAAUCAUGACUUUCCAUGCGUCUCGCAAGAGCAUCCUUGAGGUCGAAUUUGUUGGUGAAGAAGGUACUGGUCUAGGUCCUACGUUGGAAUUCUAUGCCCUUGUGGCAGCAGAGUUUCAAAGACGAGAUAUUGGGAUGUGGCUGUGUGAUGAAGAUCAUAUUCAAUCUGCCAUGUCUCCAACAUCACUGAUCCUUGGUGAAGAGGAAAAGCCCCCUGGAUUUUACAUCCAACGACCUGGUGGACUCUUUCCAGCCCCUCUUCUUCAGGACAGCCCUGCUUGUGAUCGAGCUUGUCGGCUCCUCAGGUUCUUUGGAAUUUUCCUGGCCAAAGUCUUGCAAGACAGCCGUCUCAUUGACUUCCCUUUCUCUCGACCUUUCCUCAAACUUCUCUGUCAAGGAGAUGUCAGCAGUGCUAUCAAAGACAGGCUUCUGAUUGGAGGGAGGAGUCGAGAUGGGACACCCCAUCGUGUGUGUGAUGAUCCCAUGACAUCUUCUCUCAUCUCUGAAUGUAGUGACAAGGAAGCCCUUCUGGAUCCACCUACUGGAUCUCAAGAUGAUGAUGAUAUCCCUUGGUAUGCUGGGAUUCUGACUAAGGAAGAUCUACAUGAAAUAGAUCCUCUUAGAGCUCGAUUCCUGGAUCAGCUGGGAGAGCUUGGAGCUCAAAGGCGUCAGAUCCUCAAUGACAAUUCCUUGUCACAAGAGGACAAGACCAACCUCUUGCAGAAUCUGGCACUCCCAUUAUCAGAGAAUGGAGAUCGCUCCUCAUCUCCUUUAGUGCAUUUAGAUGAUUUGUGUCUCACCUUCCAGUAUUCCCCUCCUUCCCGAGUCUUUGGAUAUGAAUCUGCCGACCUCAAACCGGGGGGUGAAGAUCUUUAUGUCACUCUGGAGAAUGUAGAGGAAUAUGUGGACUGCAUUGUGGACUUCUGUCUCAAUCGUGGAAUCCGUCGUCAACUGGAUGCCUUUUACGAAGGAUUCAAUCUUGUAUUCCCCGUGGAGCGUCUAGGUGCAUUCAGUCCCGAAGAGAUCCGCCUGAUGGUCUGUGGUGAUCAACAGCCACAUUGGACACGACAGGACCUCCUUACCUACACUGAACCCAAGCUGGGAUUCACCAGAGAAAGUCCUGGCUUUCUGCAUCUGGUGAAUGUGUUGUUUGGGAUGAGUGGAGAAGAAAGAAAGGCCUUUCUGCAGUUUACCACUGGCUGCUCCAGUUUACCACCUGGUGGUUUGGCCAAUCUUUACCCUCGACUCACCAUAGUCCGCAAAGUAGAUGCUGGCGAUGGGAGCUAUCCAUCUGUGAACACCUGUGUCCACUACCUAAAACUUCCUGAUUACUCAAGUGAAGAAAUCCUAAGAGAACGCCUCCUCGCUGCUACCAGGGAGAAAGGAUUCCAUCUGAAUUAGCAAGAUAAAGGACUCUCCGGUUGCUUCUGUCUCUGUGCUCCUGUCUUUGUCUCUUCAACCUUGGGAAGACGGGCACUGUGAUACCAGCAAGGUCAUUUCUUUGCAUUCAAGCACACUUUCUUUAUUUCUGGUGACUUCUGUUUUCCUUUUGUCCUUUGUUGUCUUGUCUGGAAUGUGGGACUGUCUUAUCAUAUCUGUAUUUGGGGAAAGACCCGUAAGAGAAUAAACCAGUUCAUCGACA